GUAUUAUGUCCAUCUACAACUAAGAAAAUAUUUUUUAAAAAGUAGGUGGUUUAAGUUAGUAUCUUAUCUGUAGCCAUAAAAGUUCAAAGUCUGGAACUCUUGAAGUGGAACAUGUACAUACGGAAGUGACCUCAUCCAAAAUGGAACUCACUUUUUCUCUUAGCGUGUAUCAUGAUGCUAGUGGCCAGAAAAAUCCAUUCUGAAGGCCUUUAGCUUACAGACCUUAUCAGCCAUGGAGAAUCUUCUUUCAGAAUUACAGGAUUGAACUAGGAAUUGCAGUUCAGUCCAUGUAGAAGUACCUGUGCAGUACCUACCCUCACAAGAGGCCCUGGGAGAAAUAAAGAUGAAAUCAUCUUGGUGGUAUUGGAAGAGAGUGGUUAAAUGCUGGUUGCAGAAGAGAAUUAAACAGGGUAUUGUGAUAAUGGAGGAUGUCUCAGUUGUAAGUCUAGGUGUGAACUUGAAAGGGAAUGUCUAGCAGACUUGUGUGGCCUGCAGUGCAAGAGGUGUAAUGGAAAGGAGGCAGUCCUAGGUGUGGUAGAAGAAGCCUGGGCUCAGCUGCUUGUAUUAUGUAGGCUGGAGGGAGUCUGGGAAUGUAUUUUCAGGGGAAAGUGAUGUGAUGAAUGUUUUCAGCUCUGGCAGGCUCUCUAGGGGUGGGAAGAUUGGAAGACUUGUGAAAGAUCUGGGUUAAAGGAGAUAGGGAAGGCCUAACCAAUAGAUCUGAGCAAGAAAAGCCAGGGCAAGGGCUGCGGGAGUUUAGCUUUCCUGAUGGGGGAGUGCUGGGAAUGAUCCCUGCCAUACCCCAUACCUUUUCCCAAGAUUAGGUUAAUUGAGGAGACCUGAAACACAUUGGUAGCCUUGCUGUGGUGGAACCAUCUAGCAUGGCUAACAUAUCUGACUAUUUUUGCAUCAUCCAACAUAGCCCUGGCUUGGAUGCCUCCUGCCUUCUUCCUGCUCAGGCAUUCAUAGGAAAAUGAGGCCUCCAUUCAGUGAGUUCACCCCUCCUAAAGGUGACUCUUGAGUCAUGGUUAACUGGCAACUGGGAGGGAUGGGACUGAGUAACCCUGAUGGAAUGUGGCCUGUGGUCACUUAUUACCCUAGGUCAUUUAAAUGACAACUCCCUCUGGGAAUCCAUAGUGUUCCCCACAUUCUUGAAGAAUGCAGCUUCCUUGAGGCCCUCCAGGGUGUGAGAGUGUUUUUGAAGCAUGCUGUCUCCUGCCACAGAGGAACCGCUGCUGCUGGCAGAACUCAAGCCCGGGCGCCCCCACCAAUUUGAUUGGAAGUCGAGCUGUGAAACCUGGAGUGUCGCCUUCUCCCCAGAUGGCUCCUGGUUUGCCUGGUCUCAAGGACAUUGCAUCGUCAAGCUGAUCCCUUGGCCACUGGAGGAGCAGUUCAUCCCUAAAGGGUUCGAAGCCAAAAGCCGAAGCAGCAAAAAUGAUACAAAAGGACGAGGGAGCCCAAAAGAGAAGACACUGGACUGUGGUCAGAUUGUUUGGGGUUUGGCCUUCAGCCCGUGGCCUUCUCCACCCAGCAGGAAGCUCUGGGCACGCCACCACCCCCAAGUGCCAGACAUCUCUUGCCUGAUCCUUGCCACGGGGCUUAAUGAUGGACAGAUCAAGAUUUGGGAGGUGCAGACAGGGCUUCUGCUUUUGAAUCUUUCUGGCCACCAAGACGUUGUGAGAGAUCUGAGCUUCACACCCAGUGGCAGUUUGAUUUUGGUCUCUGCAUCACGGGACAAGACUCUUCGCAUCUGGGACCUGAAUAAACAUGGUAAACAGAUUCAGGUGUUAUCAGGUCACCUCCAGUGGGUUUACUGCUGCUCCAUCUCCCCUGACUGCAGUAUGCUGUGCUCCGCAGCUGGAGAGAAGUCGGUCUUCCUCUGGAGCAUGCGGUCCUACACACUAAUCCGGAAGCUAGAAGGCCACCAAAGCAGUGUUGUCUCCUGUGACUUCUCCCCAGACUCUGCCUUGCUUGUCACAGCUUCUUAUGAUACCAACGUGAUUAUGUGGGACCCCUACACUGGCGAGAGGCUGAGGUCACUCCACCACACCCAGCUUGAGCCUGCCAUGGAUGACAGCGAUGUCCACAUGAGCUCCUUGAGAUCCGUGUGCUUCUCUCCUGAAGGCCUGUACCUUGCGACAGUGGCAGACGACAGGCUCCUCAGGAUCUGGGCCCUGGAGCUGAAGGCUCCCGUGGCAUUUGCUCCCAUGACCAAUGGACUUUGCUGCACGUUUUUUCCACAUGGUGGAGUUAUUGCCACAGGGACAAGAGAUGGCCAUGUCCAGUUCUGGACUGCUCCUAGAGUCCUGUCCUCACUGAAGCACUUAUGCCGGAAAGCCCUUCGAAGUUUCCUAACAACCUACCAAGUCCUAGCACUGCCAAUCCCCAAGAAAAUGAAAGAAUUCCUCACGUACAGGACUUUUUAAGCAAUGCUGCACAUCUUGUUUUCUUGUAGCAGAAUAAAUCUUCCCGGCAAAGGAAUAGCUGGAAUAACGGACCAAACAUCUGGUCUUGGGUUGAAAUAGAAAUUCUUUGGGAUUGUGAAGAGAAUGUAGCAGACUAGAUUCCAAUGGACUGGUCAUGGGUCAUCUUCUCCAUGGCAUCUGCGAGCCAAUCUUAGAGGAGGAAAUCCCACUUCUGCAGUGACAGAGCCUUACUUUAAGUCUUGAGUCCACUUGUGAAAAGCAAAUAUUGAGCUCCUUGUAGUCAUUUUGAUUCAAAGUGCAGUUAUUGAUGUUUUGAUGAUUCAAGUAGGCCGCUAGAGCCUCUCCUUAGUGGCGGCAAGGUUUACGUGCCCUCAGCUGGGAUGUGAGCUGUGUAGCAUACUCAUCCUUGUUCCCAGUACAGUGGUGGCAUGGUUUAACGUCCCCUCCUGCUGUGCUCAGAGCUGCUUUGACAUUGGCAAGUUACCUCCUUCAGGCUCCCUCUGAUCAGCAGGACCAAGUUUCCAUGGAGCACUUGGUAUAAGGUGUUACCUGAGUAACAGGCGAAAUCAGAGGCUGUGCUCCUGACUGAUAACAAACACUAUUAUUGGCUGUUUCUUUUAUUAUUUUUUUUUAAACAAUGGUGUGCAUGUGCAGGAGAUGAUAAAUUUGUAUGUCAGAUUAUAUGAGGAUGUGUUCCUAAAUGCAUGACUGUUAAAUGGCUACUGAGCUAUCAGUUGUUGGCCAUUUAUUAGCAUCAUAUUUAUUUGUAUUUUCUAAACAGAUGUUAAGGUACAACUGUGUUUUUCUCAAUCGUAUCUAAAAACCAGAGUACUGAAAUGGAACAGUGGUGAAGAUGUGUCUUCGUUGUGUAAAGAACUGGUGUUGUCAGCACUUCAGCUUAUAUUCUAUGUACAACAUCUGUCUUUGCUGCUUGACCUCAUCAGACUCAUUAGUCAGUUUCAACUACCCAACAAAAAUAGCUCCUUAAAAGUACUGUUCUCCCUCAGUGGCAUUUACCUAUCUAAUCAAGACACCUUAUUCCAACAAAAUCUGCCUUAGGAAAAUCUAAUAUAUUUUAAAUUAUUUUGAAAGAAAUGCAACAUCUUAUUCUUUGGCUUUCUUAAUUGAUCCUUUAUGGAGGCAGCGUAACAACUUAAUGAGACAGGAAUCUCAGCACCUUCAUUGCUUGAAGAAAAAACAUUUCAAAAUAAGGCUUUCAUUGAAGAAAAAAACAAAAACAAAA